AUGGGGCCGCGCUGGACGCUGCUGGCCGCGCUCCUGCAGGCUGUGGGCAGUCGGGUGAAUUUUUCCAUUAAUUUCUCCUAGGAACCACAGUCUGCACAAUGCAAAGACCCCAUCGCUGAAUUCUAUGAUGAAGGACUUAAUAAAUGUUGCAGCCGGUGCCCUCCAGGUGAAUAUAGAACAGAGCGCUGCAGUCACACAGUGGACACAAAGUGCAGUCCCUGUAGACCCAAUACCUAUACAGCAGUCUGGAAUCAGUCUCCUCAGUGCUUUGCCUGCUCACCACCCUGCAGGAAAGGAUUUGUGCAGAAUCAAGCAUGCACUAGGUCGCAGGACAGAAUCUGUAGCUGCCCACCCAAUGAGUACUGCACUUUGAAAAUAUCUGAGAACUGCAAAAUAUGCCAAGUGCACAGCAAGUGUGGAAAAGGUUACCGAGUUUCCAGAAGAGGGACAGAUAGCACAGAUACAGAGUGUAAACCUUGUCCUCCUGGCACCUUUUCACACGAGGAAUCUUACGAUACCAGCUGUAUACCACACACAGUUUGUAAAUCAGUGGCUGUUCCUGGAAACAGCAUCAAUGACACUGUUUGCAGCGACUCAGGAAUAGCAGUUGCCACAGCUCUACCUCGAACUAUUUUGAACCUGCUCCUGACCCAAAGCUCAGCUUCCAAUCAGCCUGAAAUAAUAACUCGACCUGUCAUUUUAAAUUCUGUACCUGAGAUGUCUCACAUCAUUGGAUCAGUAGCAGGGCCAUUGUUACUGGUCUUGAUAAUCGCUGGUUUGGGAUUCUGCUUAGUCUCCAAAAAGAAAGCCCCUGUAUACUCUGCCCCGACUACAGAAGCAGAUUCGUCUUCUUCCCCUACAGAAAAAGAGCGUGACAAAAAAGUAAGAAAUACAGGAUUGCAAAACUCCAGCAGUUCUGAACAGGAGGAACAGCAUCCCUUGGAAACUUCUGGAUUUAUCAGUAGCUCCCUGAAUAAUUCAACCGGAUCUGCAAGAGUCACUGCAAUAAGUAACAAGAACAAUGGAAGGAAAGCAACAGAAGGUUUUCAGCAGCAGCAUUCAACUGCAGACCAUUGUAAGCUUCACAGCAGAGAUAGACACAGCUCUGCAAGUUCAGAACAUUCUGGUAAUGGAGGAACACAGGUGAAUGUGACUUGUAUUGUUAAAGUGUGUAGUCCAGACUGCAGUUCCCAGUUCCCAGAACAGCCUAGUUCAACUAGCGGAGAUUGUGGCAACACUCCCUAUCAUUCCCCAACAGGGGAAGAGAUUCCCUUUUCGAAAGAAGAAAACCUCUUGAAAAAUGAAACUGAAAUUUGGAUCUCAAUGGAAAAUGAGGACAACUUACUUCGAGACUUGCUUCCAACAGAAAAGAAGUUCCCUCAGGGCAUUCAAGAUGUGAAGAUGAAAACCAGUUAA